CGGGUCAGCAAGGAUAUAGUACUCGAAGGUCGGUGAGGUUGCUUGAGAAGAACCUGUCCAACAUGAGCUUGAUGGAUGCUGAAGACAAUGGACUUGAAAAGGUUGAUGAUGUUUCUGAAGAAAUCAUUAGUGUGUCUCAGCAAAUUGAAGACUCUGCAGAUACCGAAGAGGUGUCUGAUGCAGGGGCUAGUUUGAAGACUGUGACUGACGUGGUUUCAGGAGAAACUAAUGAACAAGAGGUCUGCUCUAUGGAAAUGAAAACUGAAUCUGAAUACCACCAAGUCAAUGAUUUGGGUUCAGAAGUGCAAGCAGUUUCUGUGGAAGAAAUUGAUGUUGAGCCUUUGCUGGAGGCUGAAUCAGAAGACAAGGGGUCAAGUUUGAAAGCUGAUUCCGUGCCACGUGAAACAAAUGUGAAGUUGGAAGGAAGUUGUGAAACACUGGAAGAUUCGAAUAAAGGGGACCAAGCAAUAGAGGAGAAUGAUGUGCACGGAGGCGAUGAAGGAUCUGAGUUAUCUGAAAUAGAGGAUGAUGACAAAUCUGAAGAUGAAAAGGACUCAGCAAGUUCUGAUGCAGUUAUUGAACUGAAUUCAUCCAAUGUUUGUUCUUCUGAUGAGCCCCAAGAAGAAGAUUGUGAAGUCAAAUUGCACCAUUCUGAAGAAUUAUCAUCAGAAGUUGGUGAGAAUCUAGAAGAAGAAUCUGAAAUCAAAUUGGAGAACUGUGAAGAAUCCAUGGAAGAGGGAUUGGAAAAGAUCAAUGCAUCUGACCUCUUCGAUGUGCCUUCUGCUCAAGCCUCAGAAAAUCUAACUGUUAUUGAUAAUUCUGAGCUCUUGGAAAAAUCCUCCACCAUGGAGGAAGAGAAAUUAAUUGAUGGUGCUUCUGAUGUUAUCGGUGCAUCAUCUGCUGAAGAAUCCAAGACAGAGGUUGAGGAAAUGGAUAGUAAUGCUUCAGAAGAGGAUUAUGCAAAUCCAAAUUCUGAGAACUCUUCUGAUGUUACUGAGAAAAGCAACAGUCUUGAAGAUAUCACUCUUCAAAAUCACCAAGGAAAAUUAGAAGAAACAUCUGAGGAUUUAGAAGAAAAGGAUGCAAGUGCUGCUCAGAUCUGCAUUGAAUCCUCCGCAGAUGUUAACCAUGUUACUCUUGAAUCAUCAUUGAUCCAUUUAGCUGUACGAGAAGCAGAAGAACAAAAGGAUGAAUCUGAUCAAUUGAAAGGUAAUGACCAACAUGAAGAUUCUAAUGAUGAUGCAGCUGCAGAAGAAAUUGCAACACAUGAUGAUUCAUUAUCUCUGCCGAUUCUCAAUCCCGAAAAGCUAGUUGAAGAUGAUCUCUCAUCAGAAGUUGUCAUUUCAGAUAAAGAACAACAUCAUGCAGUCGCAGAAGAAGUUGCAACUGAUGAUGCUUCACUCUCUCUGCUGAGUUUCAAUUGUGACACAGCUGUUGAAGUUGAUGUUUCAUCAGUUGCAGAUAAAGAACAACAUGAAGAAUCUAAUGUUCAUGCAGUCGCAGAAGAAGUUCCCACUGACGAUGCUUCACUCUCUGUGCUAAGUUUCAAUUGUGACACAGCUGUUGAAGGUGAUGUUUCUUCAGUUGUCGUCAUUGCAGAUAAAGAACAACAUGAAGAUUCUAAUGUUCAUGCAGUCGCAGAAGAAGUUGCCACUGAUGAUGCUUCACUCUCUGUUGUGAGUUUCAAUUGUGACACAGCUGUUGAAGGUGAUGUUUCAUCAGUUGCCAUUGCAGAUAAAGAACAACAUGAAGAAUCUAAUGUUCAUGCAAUCGCAGAAGAAGUUGCAACUGAUGAUGCUUCACUCUCUCUGCUGAGUUUCAAUUGUGACACAGCUGUUGAAGGUGAUUCAUCAGUUGCCAUUGCAGAUAAAGAACAACAUGAAGAAUCUAAUGUUCAAGCAGUCGCAGAAGAAGUUCCCACUGAUGAUGCUUCACUCUCUCUGCUGAGUUCCAAUUGUGACACAGCUGUUGAAGGUGAUGUUUCAUCAGUUGUCAUUGAUGAUGCUUCACUCUCUGUGCUGAGUUUCAAUUGUGACACAGCUGUUGAAGGUGAUAUUUCAUCAGUUGUCAUUGCAGAUAAAGAACAACAUGAAGAAUCUAAUUUUCAUGCAGUUGCAGAAGAAGUUUUCAUUGAAGAUAAAGAACAAAAUGAAGAACCUAAUGAUGAUUCAGCUGCAAAAGAAACAGCUAUGGAUGCUUCAAUGCAUAUGCCGAGUUUCAACUCCAACACGCUGGUGAAAGCUUGUAAUAAUACUCCAAUACAAUCUGUUGUUGUUGAACAAUCACAGGAAGAAACAAAGGGUGUUGCAAAUGAGAUUCAAACAGUGGACAGUGCUGUUGGUAUGAAGGAGAACCGAACCGAUGAUUUGCAUCAAAAGAGUGUGAAGGAGAACCGAACCGAUGAUUUGCAUCAAAAGAGUGUGAGAGAACUAAGGAAGAUGUUAAAGAAGUUGGGGCUGAAUAAUAAUAAUGCUGCUGGGAAGGAAGUGGAGAGGAAAAGAACUGCACUGCAGGUGCUGCCAGAGAACCAGAAUACUCCAAAGGCUAAGUGAUUGGCUUGAACAAAUUGUUUACCACAAGAGUUUUAUAUGGACGUUGGCUUGAACAAAUUGUUUACCACAAGAGUUUAUAUGCACGUUUUAUGUAGUUUAGGAAGCAGUUUGAAUGUCCAAAUAAUAUUUGCUUAGAUAGUUGGAUACAACAUACAAGGGGAGGGUCCAAACUUUUGGUUUUGACCCUCAUAUGCACUAUAUUUUGCUUUUCUCAGUCAAGUUGCAGAUUUUUAUUGCAAUUUCUGUUAGAUAUUAUGUUUUUCUUAUUAUCAUUUUAAUGGAAUAUUUCUGUCUAGUAUCUAUGACACCUGUUUA